UAGCCAUAUGAAAGGAACCCGGAUGUAGGUUUUAUUCACAAAAAGAAAACAUUCGAUGUCACUGAAGGAGAAAUAAACACUCGUUUGUACUCCUAGUUCGCGUCAAGAAUCUUCACGAUGUCUACACCAGCUAGGCGGAGACUUAUGAGGGAUUUUAAAAGAUUACAGGAAGAUCCCCCGGCUGGUGUUAGUGGAGCUCCUACAGAUAAUAAUAUUAUGGUAUGGAAUGCUGUUAUAUUUGGGCCUCAUGAUACUCCAUUUGAAGAUGGCACUUUUAAAUUGACAAUAGAAUUCACAGAGGAAUAUCCCAAUAAACCACCUACAGUUAGAUUUGUAUCAAAAAUGUUUCAUCCAAAUGUGUACGCCGAUGGGAGUAUAUGCUUGGACAUUUUACAAAAUAGAUGGAGCCCUACAUAUGAUGUAUCUGCAAUAUUAACCUCUAUUCAGUCUCUUUUACAUGAUCCAAAUCCCAACAGUCCUGCCAACAAUGAAGCGGCACAGUUAUAUCGAGAAAACCGGCGGGAGUAUGAAAAAAAAGUAGCUGCAAUUGUACAGGAGAGUUGGAAUGAUGAUGACGAUGAUGAAGAUGAGGAGGAGGGGGAAAAAUCCUAGCAACCUGUGAUAUUAUAAUUAAUAAAAAUACUAAAUAAUAUUUUAGUGCGGUUUUAUUGCCCAAAGAAAAAAAAAAGACACUGUUUAUUUUUCAUGUAAAUGUAUAAUAAACCCAAGGCUACCAUUUUAUAAGAUAAAAGUAUACUGGUAACAUCAUUGUGUUUAUAUAAGAAGAAUAUUAUGUUAUUCUUCUGAUAAAAGAACUUAUUUAUUUCAUUUUAUUAUAAAAGUGUAAGUACAGAAUGGUGUAUAUACAUUCUUGAAAUAAGGAAAAGUAUAUAGUU